CUUUGACACUGUCACGUGAGGGGCGAGCGCGGGGGCUGAUGGGAUAAGUACGCCGGUGGGUCAGGGUUCGGCCUCAAUAUGGCGAUACCGGUGGGACAGUGACCAAGGCUUUGCCGUCGGGAGGAUUAACUGGCGAUUGUCGGCGUCUCCACUUAUCUGGGUGGAAUGCGAGGACGCCGGGGCGAGUGCUGAGGAGCGGCGGUGACGGGGAGGGGUCAGUGGCUGGUGCCCCGGGAACCGAGGAAGCAUCUGUUCCUUCUAUUGGUUUCAAGGCUUUAGUGCCGGGCCCCGCCCGGCCGGGCCAGGCUGGCGGGCGGCGGCAGUAGCUGCUGCAGCCGCUGGAUCAGCCUCUGAGUGGGCCGAAAGGCGGACGCCGCCGCCUCUGCCGUGGUGAUGGCCCAGUGUGUACAGUCGGUGCAGGAGCUCAUCCCGGACUCCUUCGUACCCUGUGUCGCCGCGCUAUGCAGCGACGAAGCCGAGCGGCUCACUCGUCUCAAUCACCUUAGCUUCGCGGAGUUGCUUAAGCCCUUCUCUCGCCUCACUUCCGAGGUUCAUAUGAGAGAUCCCAAUAAUCAGCUUCAUGUAAUUAAAAAUUUGAAGAUAGCAGUAAGCAACAUUAUUACCCAACCACCUCAACCUGGAGCCAUUCGGAAGCUUUUGAAUGAUGUUGUUUCUAGCAGUCAGCCUGCAGAAGGAUUAGUAGCUAAUGUGAUUACAGCAGGAGAUUAUGACCUCAACAUCAGUGCUACUACUCCAUGGUUUGAAUCUUACAGAGAGACCUUUCUUCAGUCGAUGCCAGCAUCAGAUCAUGAAUUUCUGAACCACUAUUUAGCAUGCAUGUUGGUGGCAUCGUCUAGUGAAGCUGAACCUGUGGAACAGUUUUCAAAGUUGUCACAAGAACAGCAUCGAAUUCAACACAGCAAUGACUAUUCCUACCCCAAGUGGUUUAUACCAAAUACACUUAAAUAUUAUGUACUUUUACAUGAUGUAAGUGCAGGAGAUGAACAGAGAGCUGAAUCAAUUUAUGAAGAAAUGAAACAGAAAUAUGGAACUCAGGGUUGCUAUUUACUUAAAAUUAAUUCUCGAACAUCUAAUCGAGCCUCAGAUGAGCAGAUACCAGAUCCUUGGAGUCAGUAUCUCCAGAAAAAUAGUAUUCAAAACCAGGAAUCAUAUGAAGAUGGCCCUUGUACUAUAACUUCAAAUAAGAAUUCUGAUAGUAACUUGCUUUCAUUGGAUGGAUUAGAUAACGAAGUCAAAGAUGGCUUACCAAAUAACUUUAGAGCUCACCCACUCCAAUUGGACCCAUCCAGUGACUCUUCUAACAGCAUUGAUGGCCCAGAUCAUGUAAAAUCUGCUUCUUUACAUGAAACAAAGAAAGCAAAUACUGGCAUUAUUCAUGGUGCAUGUUUAACCCUUACUGAUCAUGAUAGAAUUCGACAGUUUAUACAAGAGUUCACGUUUCGGGGCCUUUUGCCACAUAUAGAGAAAACAAUUCGGCAAUUAAAUGAUCAGCUAAUAUCAAGAAAAGGUUUGAGUCGAUCUCUAUUUUCUGCAACUAAAAAAUGGUUUAGUGGCAGUAAAGUUCCAGAAAAGAGCAUUAAUGAGCUAAAAAAUACAUCUGGAUUACUGUAUCCACCAGAAGCACCAGAACUUCAAAUCAGAAAAAUGGCUGACUUAUGUUUUUUGGUGCAGCAUUAUGAUUUGGCUUACAGUUGCUAUCAUACUGCAAAGAAGGAUUUUCUUAAUGAUCAAGCAAUGCUUUAUGCAGCUGGUGCCUUGGAAAUGGCAGCAGUGUCAGCUUUUCUUCAGCCAGGAGCUCCUAGGCCAUACCCUGCACAUUAUAUGGAUACAGCAAUCCAGACAUACAGGGAUAUCUGCAAGAAUAUGAUGUUGGCUGAAAGAUGUGUAUUACUUAGUGCUGAAAUCUUAAAAAGCCAAAGCAAAUAUUCAGAGGCUGCAGCUCUCCUAAUACGGUUAACUAGUGAGGACUCUGAUCUUCGAAGUGCACUUCUUUUGGAACAGGCAGCACAUUGCUUUAUAAACAUGAAGAGUCCCAUGGUCAGAAAAUACGCUUUUCACAUGAUAUUGGCAGGCCAUCGAUUUAGUAAGGCAGGACAGAAAAAACAUGCUUUACGCUGCUAUUGUCAGGCCAUGCAAGUUUACAAAGGAAAAGGCUGGUCUCUUGCAGAGGAUCACAUUAACUUCACCAUUGGGCGUCAGUCCUAUACUCUUAGGCAACUGGACAAUGCUGUGUCUGCUUUUAGGCAUAUUUUAAUCAAUGAAAGUAAACAAUCUGCUGCUCAACAAGGGGCCUUCCUCAGAGAAUAUCUUUAUGUUUACAAGAAUGUAAGUCAGUUAUCACCAGAUGGUCCUUUACCACAGCUUCCUUUACCAUAUAUUAACAGUUCAGCCACACGGGUUUUCUUUGGCCAUGACAGACGACCAGCAGAUGGUGAAAAGCAAGCAGCUACUCAUGUAAGUCUUGAUCAAGAAUAUGACUCUGAAUCCUCACAACAGUGGCGAGAACUUGAGGAACAAGUUGUGGCUGUGGUUAACAGAGGAGUAAUUCCAUCCAAUUUCCACCCCACACAAUACUGUUUGAAUAGUUAUUCAGAUAACUCAAGAUUUCCGCUUGCAGUUGUAGAAGAACCAAUAACAGUGGAAGUGGCUUUUAGAAACCCUUUGAAGGUUCCACUUUUGUUGACUGAUUUGUCAUUGCUCUGGAAGUUUCAGCCCAAAGGUGUCAGUGGAGAGGAUAAUGAAGAAGUUAAAGAACUAGUAAAAGGUGAAUCUGAAAUGAUUGGAACUGAAGUUAUUACAGAAUUCUUAAUUAAUAGUGAAGAAUCUAAAGUGGCGAGACUAAAGCUCUUUCCCCAUCACAUAGGGGAGCUGCAUAUUCUGGGAGUUGUUUAUAAUCUUGGCACAAUUCAGGGCUCCGUGACAGUGGAUGGCAUUGGUGCUCUUCCUGGAUGUCACACAGGAAAACAUUCCUUGAGUAUGUCAGUCCGAGGGAGACAGGAUUUAGAAAUUCAAGGUCCUCGACUUAACAACACAAAAGAAGAGAAAACAUCUAUUAAAUAUGGUCCUGAUCGACGUUUAGAUCCCAUAAUCACUGAGGAAAUGCCACUAUUGGAGGUGUUCUUUAUACAUUUUCCUACAGGGCUCCUCUGUGGGGAAAUCCGAAAAGCAUAUGUAGAAUUUGUCAACGUCAGCAAAUGUCCUCUUACUGGAUUGAGGGUUGUUUCUAAACGUCCAGAGUUCUUUACUUUCGGUGGUAACACGGCUGCUCUAACACCGCUAAGUCCCUCAGCCUCUGAGAACUGUAGUGCUUACAAGACUGUUGUGACAGAUCCUACCUCUGUGUGUACAGCACUCACAUCAUCAGCUUCUUCUGUAGACUUUGGCAUUGGCACAGGAAGUCAGCCAGAGGUGAUUCCUGUUCCCCUUCCUGACACUGUUCUUCUGCCUGGAGCUUCAGUUCAGCUGCCGAUGUGGUUGCGUGGGCCAGAUGAAGAAGGUGUCCAUGAAAUUAACUUUUUGUUUUACUAUGAAAGUGUUAAAAAGCAGCCCAAAAUACGUCACAGAAUAUUGAGACACACAGCAGUCAUUUGUACCAGUCGAUCUCUGAAUGUACGAGCCACCGUCUGCAGAAGUAAUUCUCUUGAAGAUGAGGAGGGCAGAGGAGGCAAUAUGCUAGUCUUUGUGGAUGUGGAAAAUACCAAUACUAGUGAAGCAGGUGUUAAGGAAUUCCACAUAGUACAAGUAUCAAGUAGUAGCAAACACUGGAAGUUACAGAAAUCUGUAAAUCUCUCUGAAAACAAAGAUGCCAAACUUGCCAGUAGGGAGAAGGGAAAAUUUUGUUUCAAGGCAAUACGAUGUAAGGAGGAAGAAGUUGCCACACAGUCCCCAGAAAAGUACACCUUUGCAGAUAUCAUCUUUGGAAAUGAACAGAUAGUAAGUUCGGCAAGCCCAUGUGCAGACUUCUUUUAUCGAAGUUUAUCCUCUGAAUUGAAGAAACCACAAGCUCAGUCUUCUCUGCAUACAGAAAAACAGUCAAUAGAGGAUGCUGUGAGAUUAAUUCAGAAGUGCAAUGAAGUAGAUUUGAAUAUUGUUGUAUUGUGGAAGGCAUACGUAGUGGAGGACAAUAAGCAGCUUAUUUUGGAAGGUCAGCAUCAUGUUGUUCUUCACACUAUAGGAAAAGAAGCUUUUUCCUAUCCUCAGAAACAGGAGCCACCAGAAAUGGAACUAUUAAAAUUUUUCAGGCCAGAAAACACUACAGUUUCUUCAAGACCAUCAGUAGAGCAGCUUUCUAAUCUCAUUAAAAUGAGUCUUCACUAUCCAGAAUCCUUUAAUCAUCCCUUUCAUCAAAAAAGCCUUUGUUUAGUACCAGUGACCCUUUUACUUUCCAAUUGUUCAAAGGCUGACGUUGAUGUAAUAGUUGAUCUUCGGCAUAAAACAACAAGCCCAGAAGCAUUGGAAAUCCAUGGAUCAUUUACGUGGCUUGGACAAACACAAUAUAAACUUCAGCUUAAAAGCCAGGAGAUUCACAGUUUGCAGCUGAAAGCAUGUUUUGUCCAUACCGGUGUUUAUAACCUUGGAACUCCCAGGGUAUUUGCCAAGUUAUCGGACCAAGUCACAGUGUUUGAAACAAGUCAGCAGAACUCCAUGCCUGCCCUAAUCAUCAUCAAUAAUGUGUGACAACUUACAAAUUUGUACCGAGAUCCACAGGAAUCAGUUUUAUUUUACUGAAUAGGUUUUACAGCAGUAUUUGAAAUAUCUAACUUGUUUGAGAGGUUGGUAUUGGAUCACUGCAAAAUACCUUUGACUUGUCAAUGUGUUGAUAAUGCAAAGCACGUUGGACUGAUAAUACUUAAAUUCUUUUUUUGUAUUUCUUUAAACCCUGGUAAUAAUUUACAUGCUCAUAAACAGAAUUUCAACAUAUCCAUGCACCUUAUUAAGCCCCAUGUUAAAACCAAUGUCUAAAUCUGCUGUUACAACUGAAUGAUGGUAUAUGAACCUUAGGGGAUGAUUUUGAGGAAGAAAAGGCCUUGUUGGCAAUACUCCUGUUAAGCCAUUAGUCUAUAAAUUCCAGCUUUACUGUGAAGUUCUAUAGAGUGUUAAAUACAGAUUUUCCUGUCUUGCUUCACACAAUUCUCUAAAAUCAGUUUUGAACUUUGGUUAUAGAGUCUUCAUACUUCAGUAUCUGGUGGUUCCUAUGGCUUAUACAUAACUUUGUAAAAAGAAAAAAAUUUUUUUCUCCUUCGAAUAUAGUUUUGGGAGGAGUUUGACUCCCCCCUCCCUGCCCUCAUUCAUCUCAGCAUAGAGUGCACUAUUUCACAAUAUGGGAUUUUUGUCGUUUAAAUUAUCAUAUUCUUUAUUAUGUAACUUUAACAAUUGAGUUGAUCUGUUUAAAAUAUAAAUCUACUCAAGUUAAUUAAGCUUUUCAAAAAUGUAUUAUAUUUAUAACAAAUGUACUGUAAAUAGAAUAAAGACAUGCUAUUCACUGUAUAGAUUUAUUAGAUGCCUUUUAAAAAAAGUCUGAGAACGAUAUUUUAUUUAUUUAUUUAUUUAUUUAUUUAUUUUGCUUUUUAGGGCCACACCCACAGCACAUGGAAGUUCCAAGGCUAGGGGUCGAAUCGGAGCUACAGCUGCAGGCCUACACCACAGCCACAGCAAUGCUGGAUCUGAGCCGUGUCUGCGAUAUGCACUAUAGCUUAUGGCAAUGCCAGAUCCCCAACCCACUGAGUGAGGCCAGGGCUGGAACCCGCAUCCUCAUGGAUACUAGUCAGAUUCACUUCCACUGCACCAUAUUCUUUAUUUAAAAUGUACACCCAACCGUAUUAUUAUAGCAGGUAUUAGAGAACCAAAAUCCAGGAGAAGAAGGUCUAGAGAGAUGAGCUUUUCAUCUUGGACGGUUUGCCCACUUAGAAGAAGCAGCUGAGAGGCCAAGACUGCAUUUGAUAGGUAUAGGUCAGAAGAAAUAACUGCAGCUGAAGCAAGGAGACAACAAGGGUGGAAAGGAGACCAAGAAAGUUUAUAGAAAAAUACAGAAUUCAGUGAAAAAGUUUCGUGUAUUUAUGUGGAGUCCUAGAAAGAGGAGAAGAUAGAACAGAACACUGUAGAAUCUGAGAAUUUUCCAAGAUGGACAUCAUGUUACAGAUCCAAGGAGUUCAGUAAAUCCCAAACAACAUAAAUAAAAAGGAACCUAUACUCAGAUGCAUCGUCAUGAAACUGCUGGAAAUUAAAGACAAAGGGAGAAACAGUCUUGAGUACUGAAGACAAAACUAACUUGAGCCGUAGCAGCAAUUCAACCAAUAGACUUCUCAACAAAAAUAACAGAAGCCAGAAGAUAGUUUCUUUCAACCCUUUGAAGAUAACCCUACAAACGGUUAAGCCUGAAUUCUAAACCACAAGAAUACUUUCAAGGUUGGAAGUGAAACAAAGAGAUUUUCAGACAAAUGAAACCAGACUGUUUAUUGCCAGGUGUCUGUAGGAUAAUAGUGUCUGGCUAAAUCUAAAUCUUUCAUUCUCCAAAUGAGAAUAUAAAUCAAUAAGAAGAGCAGGUGGAAACCAUACCUAGCUCGUGCUUGUAGCAUAACUAGACAAAGAAUACUACAAAUUACAUGCACAUGGAAAAAUUUAGCCUGAAAUUCCACCUGCCUCUCUCAAGCAUCUAUGGCAAGCUGUUGAAGAGAGUGGAGGUGGGGAAGAUAGGAAUCCAGAAAGACACUCUGGAAAGGAGUAAGAGGAAUGGGGCCUAAGAGUGGACUGCACUUACUCUAAAGAAAGAGAAAGUCAUCCUAACUGUAAAAGUACAAGACAUUGGAUAGAUGAGAACUCUGAUGACAAGCAAGGCACUUGAGGCUUUGCAGUGGAGCCUUGUAAAAGCAGCAAGGAACAGGGCCCAUUUAUCACACAGCUAAGGAAAUGCCUCCUAAAAGGAAUUACCUUAUCAGUUGGCUACUUAGAAGAGGGUUGAGUAUUUUGAAACUUGUGCAGCCCAAAUAACUUUCAGUUUCAAGUGAAAUUCUUCCAUUAGAGAUUCAUAUCCUGGGAGUUCCCGUCGUGGCGCAGUGGUUAACGAAUCCGACUAGGAACCAUGAGGUUUCGGGUUCGAUCCCUGCCCUUGCUCAGUGGGUGAACGAUCCGGCGUUGCCGUGAGCUGUGGUGUAGGUCUCAGACGCGGCUCGGAUCCCGCGUUGCUGUGGCUCUGGCGUAGGCCGGUGGCUACAGCUCCGAUUCGACCCCUAGCCUGGGAACCUCCAUAUGCCGUGGGAGCGGCCCAAGAAAUAGCAACAACAACAACAACAAAAAAAGACAAAAGACCAAAAAAAAAAAAAAAAAAAAAAAAAAAGAGAUUCAUAUCCUUAGGCCUGACUUCCAGAAGACUCCAUUAAAAUGCAGGUGCCUGUAGGUACCCUAAUAGGGUACCUUCAUCCAUCUGUAAAAUAUAAGAUUUUUUAGGAAGGCUAAGAGUGAGGCAAGACUAAAUGGGACACAGAGUGGUGUUUAGGAGGCAGGUGAGGCACGCUGGUGGAGGGGCAGGGAUUGGUGAUUCCGAAAGAGGAGGGGGUAGGAUGGUGAAGAAGAACUUGACCCAUUUCAUAAUUUUGCUUAGGGUCAACCCUAGAAUUAUCGGGCUGUAGCUUUUCACCUCAGAGGAAAGGUUUGCAUAUCAUGUGUCGUCUGUCCCCACCUCUCAUGAUUUUGUUUUGAUUUUUAAACUGAUAGACUCAGCUUUCCUAAAACUUGAAACAGUUCUUUCUCCUCAGAUGCGGAGGCAACGCAUGAAUUAAUUGUGCAGUACAUGGUGGCAGGAAAGGACACAUCUGAUAACUGGAUGUUUGUGAAGGGCCAAAAAAAAGUGGUAUUUUUCUUGCAUGUGAAUGAAUGGUCUGUCUGAAUAAACAUUCCACCAGGAUGUAGUAUAAAACAA